AUGUCUAUCUUAAUCCUCGAGACUGUGGAGAAGCAGGUCAAUGUCUCUGAGGUCGGAGAGAAGCUGGCUCCCUCAAGUCGUUACUUGCUCCAAACUAGUGCCGUUCUGUACCGCAGAGGGGGUGUCCGUCUUCUCCUGAAUGGUAUCGGUUUUGCUUGUACCUACUGGGUAAUGCACUCCGCAGUAACGACACUGUCUAGUACUCUACUUCCUAGUCUGGUGGCGUAUAUUAUUGCAUCAGUCCUGCUCGCGGAAAACCGUUUCUAUUGGACUGUGCACACCAUACUUCCACGCAACCAGCUACACUUCUUUUCUAGUACCCGGGAUCGCCGACGAUGGAGAGCUUUGGUGCUUCCCACUUUGAUCUACUCCACGGCUGAAUCAGUCAUGCUGUAUUUGCCGGGGCUAUUCAACAGCAGUCUCGCUCAGGCAUUGAACGAGAAAGUCACGAUAGAGGGGUUAUCGCAUGUUGUGAGAUCCGAUAUCCUGAUAUCGGCGAUCAUGCUCUUUACCCAGCUGUCUCUCCUCCUUCCCUCUUAUAUUGUGUUGCUUCUGGUGUAG